AUGUCUCGUGCAGCAAGCGUGUCUCGUGACUCACUCAACAUUGAUGUCUACCAUCAAGGUGUUUUUUCUCCUAAUCCCUUGGUUUACUUUCAUCCUGAUAAAGUACCUGUUAUGGGGCUAGAUGUACGUAACAUGGAUUUCAAGAAGUUCAAGACCUAUCUCCAAAAAUUGAUCAACAAUAGAUGUCGGGAUAUGUAUUACUGUCUUAAAAAUCGGCCCCUCGUAGAUGGGUUAAGGGAGCUCAGGGAUGAAGAUGAUUAUGUUAGGUUCCUUGAUGUUGGGUUUGAUGAUGAUGAUAAUCAAAUAAGUAUCUACAUUGAUGACCAUCAUGAACCCUUACUAGAUUGGAUUGAAGAAGAAAAAGCUGAAGAAUGGGAUAGUGGUACUGAAACAUAUGAAGAUGAUGUGGACUCGGUAUUAUCGGAUGAUCUAUCGGUGGACCAUGAAGCUGAUGAUGAGGACAUUCAAUGGCCUGAAGUUGUUGAUCCUUUUUUGUCACAGAAGAACCUUAUUCCACAAAGAGGCAUAGAGGAAGAAGUUGGUGGUAAGGUAAAAAAACAUCCUAUUCACGAUCCAAACCAAAAAUGGGACACUAUGAUGCCUGAGUUAGGUAUGAAAUUCUCUGAUCGAGAUGAACUGAAACAUAUGUUAACAAAUUAUGCUGUGUCUAAGGGUUAUUCAUUGUGGUAUGAAAAAAAUGAGGCAAAAGCAUUGUUAGUAAGGUGCAGUAAAAAUGAAAAAGGGAAGCCAUCUUGCCCUUUUAGACUAUGGGCUAGUCCCAUGAACAAGGAAAAUUCAUUCCAGAUCAAGUCACUAACUGAUAAACAUAAUUGUGCUAGACAACAAAAAUUGGGUUGUCUUGUUACGUAUAAGUGGAUUGGAAAAAUGUUAAUACCUGACAUUUUGGAAAGGCCUAAGUUUAGCUAUAGGAAAAUGGCAGAAGUGGUUAGGAAAGACUAUGGUCUCAAGGUAAGUCUUGGGCAGUGUAGAAAUGCCAAGUACUUUGCACUAGAUGAGAUUUCAGGCAAUUUGGUAAGCCAUUAUGAGAAACUGUGGAAUUAUGGUGCUGAGUUAUUGAGGGUUAAUCCUGGGUCAACAGUCUUGAUCGAGACAAAUCAUACGCCUGAUGCUACACACUACUUCAAAAGGAUGUAUAUUUGCCUGAAGUCUAUCAAGGAUGGCUGGAUUAAAGGAUGUAGAAGGGUUAUCGGUGUUGAUGGCUGUUUUUUGAAGGGUAUUUGCAGAGGUGAGUUGUUAACAGCCGUUGGUAGGGACGCAAACAACCAAAUGUAUCCUCUAGCAUGGGCUGUUGUGCCAGUUGAAAACAAGGAAACUUGGAUGUGGUUCAUUGAUCUUCUACUUGAGGACAUUGAGAUGGGAGAUGGUAGGGGUCUUACAAUUAUUUCAGACCAACACAAGGGUUUAAUGGAGGCUGUUAAGGAAAGGGCACCAUCAUGUGAGCAUAGGAAUUAUGCCCGACACAUCUAUGCCAACUUUAAGAAGAAGGGGUUCACGGGUGUUGAGUUUAGGAGGUUAUUUUGGAGUGCUGCAAAGGCUACAACCGAUUCCAAUUUCCGAUCAUACAUCAGGAAAUUCGUACAAUGUCCACAGAAGCUUAUGAGCACCUGA